AUGGCUGCACCACCGGGUCAACAGCAAUUUUCCUCCCCUCAAGACCAGCACCAGCAACCUCCUGGCGGCUUUCAAUACUAUCAGAACGAGCGCGCCAAACCGCGCACCUUUAGUGUUGGCUCUGAACAAUCCAAAAAGUCUCCCUCGCACAAGUCUCAAAAGAGCUCCUCUUCCCAAAAGGAAUACGAGACAUCGGCCGAAAAGGAAACCCAUCGCCUUCACUCCAAGGCCGACCCGCUCGUCGCCAUGUAUGAAGCAGAGCCAUCAAUGGUCGCCGCCAUGGUACCCGACACCAACACGGCGCCACUGCGUUCGUUUCAGCACAAGGAUCUUCAAGGAAAUCCCAUUUCUGACCCCGACCGUUCCAAUCCCACUCGAUCGCGUUGGGAGCGACCGCUGGAUACUAUUCGUAGUUUUGAAGCAGCUAUCAACGGUGGCUAUCAACGUCGCUCCUCUGUCCAGCGGUAUGAUGCGACCAACUGGAAUCGUCGUACUAGCGUGGUGACUGCCCAACAGCCACGCUUCCCACAAGAUAGCUACUACGGCAACAGCCGUCCUGUCUCAUAUCGCGACCCUCAAACGGCUCCUAGCACUCGUCGCAACUCGGGUUUCUUCGACGGCCAAGGUUUCCGCCCUCCCCGCAGAGAUUACGAGCAAAACGUCUACCCUCUGCCCAACAAGGACAGAUCCUACGAAACUGUGACAUCGGCCGCGGGCAGCGGGCAUACGGACCCCGCUGGAUACCAAACCGAUCCUACAAGUAGUGACAAUAGUUCGAUCCGGCGGGCGUCCCCGACCAAGCGCCAGGAGCCCAUCAACGACUAUGGAAUUGGCUUUACCCACCAGCAAUCCAACCUUGGCUUCACCCAGCCACUGCAACAGCAACAGGUGCACCCACUCCCCCCACCACCCGUCGCCGGCCACGAGCUAGCGCCGCCACCCGUCCCACGCAAAGGCAGUCUUCUAAAACGGCAGCCUACACAGGAAAAGAGGAAGAGCUGGCUAUCGCGUCGUUUUAGCAAGAACUAA